GAUGUGAAAUACAGCAUGAUUAUGGGGCCUGGAAUGGAGAUUCAAAUCCCAUUUCAAAUCCAGUGACACCAGUAGCAACGUCAACGACAAACUUGCCUCUCUGAUCAAUAGACUUUUUAAAUAGUUUUUUUUAGAAUAUUUUCUGAGCGGGACAGAGAGAUGGGGUUAGAUAGGGGAAAUUGUUGCACCGCUUGCACCACAGUUGUCCACCCCCCAAUUUAUAAAUACAGUAUGUGUUGUCACACUUUUCCUGAGUAUGCAUGCUUUCCUCUAAAUUCUGCUUACUAACUUAAACUUCUUAAACAUUACGCAACACUGUUCGUAUGGUAAGUGGGUUGGAGAGGUGAUUGUUUGGCAUACGAUAGCUGGUAGCACAUCUGUGUAUCAGAAGGACAUUCCCAGCAUAUAGGCACACUGUACAGACAGCGUAUAUAUACAUAGGAGCCAAUCCCAGUGUCCCCAGCUUAGUCUCACCAGGCUGCAAACAUGCUGAAGUUCGUGCUUCUUGCUGCACUCUCUGUGCUCGGUAAGACAGAGGCUGACCCGGGCUCUCAACAUGAUUUAUCUUGAAAUUGUUGCAUACCCUUAAAAGUUAUACCUCAUGUAUUGUAGAUGUUAUAUGCCUGUUGUAUUAUACUCUGUUGAUGUUGCUGGGUCAAGCUUCUCAAAAUUCCCUCCACUGGCGGUUAGCAGUUGGGUCUUUGGUUUGUGAUUUAAUCAAAUCAUGUCAUGUUUCUCUCUCAAUCCCCUACCCCACCCUCUCAUUUCUCUCUCCUCCCUCCUUUCUUCCUCGGUCCGUCUCUUUCUCUCUCCCCCGUCCCUCUUUCUCCAGUGCUGGCUGAGGAGGAGCCCCAGCCUCGGUACCUGGAGGAUUCCCUGGAGAGGGUUGUGGGAGGUGAGGUGGCUCGCCCCAACUCCUGGCCCUGGCAGAUCUCUCUACAGUUCCAGUCUGGCAGCAACUACCACCACACCUGUGGAGGCUCCCUGAUCAGGAGGGGAUGGGUGAUGACUGCUGCCCACUGUGUGGACAGUCAGAGAACCUGGCGUGUUGUCGUGGGAGAACACAACCUCAACAGCAACGAGGGCCGUGAGCAGUACGUCUCUGUCAGCCGUGUGUACAUCCACCCCAACUGGAACCGCAACCAGAUCUCCAACGGAUAUGACAUUGCCCUGCUGCGUCUCUCUAAUGAGGUCACUCUGAACAACUAUGUGCAGCUGGCCAACCUGCCCCCCUCUGGCCAGGUUCUGAACCACAACCACCCGUGCUACAUCUCUGGAUGGGGACGCACCACCACUGGUGGUAACCUCUCUGCCCAGCUGAAGCAGGCCUACCUGCCCGUGGUUGACCAUAAUACCUGCUCCAGCAGCGGCUGGUGGGGUAACAGCGUGAGGAACACCAUGGUGUGUGCUGGAGGCGGAAAAGACUCUGGCUGCCAGGGAGACUCCGGUGGCCCUCUGAACUGUCAGCUGAGCGGCAGGUACUACGUCCACGGAGUGACCAGCUUUGUCUCAGCCAGAGCCUGCAAUGAGAGCCGCAAGCCCACCGUCUUUACUCGCGUGUCCGCCUAUAUCGGCUGGAUGGAGAACAUCAUGGGUUAAGAUCCUGAGGGAUAUCUGAGCAGAACGUGACAGAAUGGCAAGGCUUCAAUCAUCACGGUCAGCUCUGUCACCACUCCAUCCAGACAAUAAAGUUUACUUAUAAACAAACAAAUCA